CAUGCCGGAGCUCGCCCUGCUGAGUGGCAAAACAUUCAACAAAAUGGCUGGUUUUCAUAGCGACUGCUGCGUAAAACCCCAGUAAAACUGACUAUUAUCAGCUUAAAUUGAAUUUAGUGGCCCUAACAUUAACCCUAACAACUUGCCAAACAACCAGUAGUCUGUAGACAUUGGCAUAUGCCAGACAUUGGUUUUCCUGACAUAUAAGUUUGUCUUGCCUAACACUAUUAAACCAUUCCACCUUUGUAAAACACAAGGCUCAUCAUAAUGGAUGUUUUUUAUGAAGGCCCUCGACAAAACUUUGCAAUUACACAGAAUAAGAGUAUUCAUUUAUGUGUAUUUCAUGUAUUUUUAUAGGAUUUUUAUCCCAAAAUUAUACAUAACUGACAUAUGGCUACUGCUACUGAUUUACUUCUCCUUUGAGUGGCAAAACAUUCAACAAAAUGGCUGGCUGUCCUAGCGGCGGCCGCGAAAAUGUCAGUAUAACUGACAAUUAUCAGCAAAAAAUAAAUUUAGUUGCACUUGAUAGUGACCCUAACAACUUGUCAACCCACCUGUGGUCUGUGGACGUUGGCAUGGACGAUCCAUUUACUUCUACUUUCAGUGUUACUUGGCAGUUUGUUGAACGAUAGCUCUACGAAUUCUUGUUAAUCUUUCGCAAAACACCUUUUUCCCAAUUAGACGCGUUUUCCCCGUGUUUCUGCUGAUUUCACUCACAAAUUCUGCCACUCUGUCUUUUGCCACUCAGUGGGCAUAACCACAGUAACUUUACCCGAGGUGAUGUCACGUGCAUACCCUCUAUUCAUAGGCUGUGUCCGAAAGCUUAGGCAGCUGACUUGUUGCCUCGCUGCCGCAUGAAGCAAUCACUUCGGAGGCAGCUCUGGGAAACGCAUUAGGACAGCAAUGGGCAGCAAAAUAUAAUUCUGUUUGAAAUAUAAACAGAGAGCACCUUAACUAAUCGCAUAUUUGAAAACUACAAUACUAAUUUCUUGCUUGAAUGCAAUUAAAAGGUGGAAAAGUGAUAAUAUAACUUUAUUUAAACUAAAUUUGUGCUCAAGACGCUUUCUUGGCCGCCAUUUUAUUUUUUCGAUCUUGACCAAGCUUGACCAAUCACAUUCCCCGUGCACGCACACACAUAGAAUUGUGGGACGGGACAAUGAAGGUAUCUUAGGAAACAGGAAGUAAGUAUCCCAUGAUCCCACAGAAGAGGAGUUAUCCAAUGAAGAAGAAGACGGGGGGCGUUGUUUUAUUCAAAAAUGUCCAAAAGCGGUAACACGGCUCUAUUCAAAUGCAAACACAUAUAUUAAACAGCUUUCCCUUGUGUUUAAAUUGCGCUUGUUUAACGUCAUUCCAGUUAAAGGUGCUCUAAGCGAAUUCAAGCGUUUUAGACCAUAACAUAUUUCUUGUUACAUACAGCAAACAUCUCCUCACUAUCUGCUUGCUGCCUGUCCGCUGAUCAAACUGUAAAAAACGUGAUCUCUGUAGACAGCCCAGGCUCCACAAACUGCAAUAAAAACAAAGUGGCCAAACCUACCACCAGAAACCAUAACAAAGUGUUCCAACCAAUAAACGACAAAAAGGAUUUGGGAGUGGGGGUUGGGCGCGUUCAUGAAAGCACGGAAGGGAGAGGGAGGGGGAGGAGUUAGCCACGCUCCGUUUGUUAGAAAACAGUUCAAACAUCAACAAAAAGUGACGUCGCACAGAUUCGCUUAAAGCGCCUUUAACGACUAAUUUGUUGUUAUGACGAUGUAUGUUACGUAAUGUAUCAACACGGCGGAUGUAGUACGUCCGCAUUCAUUUAUACAAUCCUUGUUCAUACUAAAUAGUACAGGGACAGGCAACUUCGGUCCUGGCGGGCCGGUGUCCCUUAGUUGGAGCUAAAGUCUGCAGGACACCGGCCCUCCAGGACCGAAGUUGCCCAUCCCUGAUAGUACCUACUGUCACAUUAUGUGAUUUCGGACACAACCCUUAACCGGCUCUCUCGCAGUUUUGAUCAUGUGCACGUCUCCGCCUGUGAAAGAUAAAUGUCACACGCAGAAGUGCAAAGUAACACAUAAACGUCUAUGCUUGACUCAUGCAGUUGGCAGAGAAACUGUGAAAAUAAAAGUUGAUGUUUGACAUUUACAGGUUCUGCAGACAUGAGAAGAAAUACAACAUUAUAUCUUAAGACAGAUUUCCCAUUGGCUCUUUAAAUGACUAUAUGUACUAUGUGACGUCACUGCCUGCAAGAAACCUGACAAAUCUCCAAGUCCCAUUUAAACGCAGUUUUCUGCAAAGCCGGUUUAUUGAUUUGCAUGUAAACGCAGGAAAACAGUUUUCUACAAUAAGCAGACUUUUGAUAGUUAUCCGCUUAUUCUGUGCAUGUAAACGCACUCAGUGUUGGCGUCGAGCACAGGUUUUUCAAAUCCAAGUUGAGUCUAAGUCAAAUCUGAGUUGAGUCCAAGUCAAGACCAAAUCUAGAAAAAGCUGUAUUUUUGGCAGUUUUUGGUCUGGACUCACAUGAGCUGGACUCGACUACAACACUGCAUUCAAUAUCUUCAUUUUUAACCGUCUCAACACACUAAAUUAAUGUUGCUAAACAUGAUAUAGGUUAUAGACGGUUUCAUCGGACGCACGUGCGGUGACGCGAUACGCGUCUGGUCCGAACUUUACUUCCGGUUUCAGUUUUUUUAAUGGUCUGACUAGUUGCUAAACUGAACUCUUGAACACAUACCUUGUCGAAAAUAACAAAUGUUUUGGUUUUUCUAGGUAAUCUACAUGUUGUUUAUAUAAAUAAACUACGUUUAAAGGACUUUGUUGUUAUUUAUUCUUAGCAGAGCUUACUGGAAGUUACGUGUGGACAACGAAAGCUGCUUGUUUAUGUUGUAACUGCUGAAACCGUCUAUAGUUGAACCACUAAAGGCUUUUUAUGAUCCUGCGAGGGGACCAAAAAACGAAAUCACAUAACGUCAGAGAAAAAGGUCAAAAAUGGUCCCUAGCUGUCUGGUUUUCUUUUAAAAAAUUACACAUUUGCACCUAAAGAGUUCAUAUUAGAACCUCAGAGGUGCAAAUUCGUAAGCUUGGGACCACUGUGAUAUGUUUUUCUAACAGUGCAUUGUGGAUAUUAGAAAUUAAGUUGUAUACAUAUACUAUACUAAAAGUCAAUACAUAAAUCCUGCAAUGAGGUGUUUGGAAGGCACUAUUAGUAUUAAGAAGGGAUACAGUACAUAUACUGUAGAUACACAGACAUUGUUUACUGUACAUUGUGGCAACAGUCACUGGCCCAGAUUCAAGCUAUUCAUCCGUCCACAUGAGUCUUGCAUCUGCAGUGGCUUGUUUCCAGGUGUCGGCCCCUCAACCGGAGGCUCGUGAGAAUAAGAGACCCUGGGGCAGUGCCCCCAUUAGCUGUAAUUCACAUUUGGGUUUGAGGUGUUUUGACCACAGAAAAGGAUAAAUGGCGACACAUUGCUGCAGAAAUACAUUUUGUUACCCACCAUUAAGAGCAGACCCAUAAAGUACAGUAUGUGACAAGACAGAACAUCUGCUGUAAGCAUUAAGUCUUCUUCACGAUCAUCCCUAAAAGAGCACCUACAAACCUACCGCAUACGGUUUAUUAAGAAGCGUCACUUUUGUGAGUUGCCAAUUCCAAUAAUGACCGUGAGUAAACCUUUGCAAUGUGUCCUGAGAGGUGAUAGAUGUUUAUUGCCUUCCUGCUCUCCUGUUUAAUAAAUGGCUUAUUUCCACUCUUCCUUUGAUCCUUUGCUAAUUUGUGAGUCUUCCAGUAACAGAAGGAAUGCAGUGACUACAAACAGGGAUCUUAUUCGUAAAGGUUUGGAGGAACUCCAGAAAGUGCGGCCAGGUGGAGACACUUUUAUGCAUGAUGGCAUUCAGAGGGCAAGCGAACAAAUUUACUACGGUAACACUGAGGGAUACAGGACAGCCAGCGUCAUCAUCGCCCUCACAGACGGGGAGUUACAUGAAGAUCUCUUCUACUACGCUGAGAGAGAGGCCAAUCGCUCUCGGAGCCUGGGUGCAUCUGUUUACUGUGUAGGGGUGAAGGACUUCAAUGAGACUCAGCUGGCCAAAAUCGCUGACAGCAAAGAUCACGUUUUCCCAGUGAAUGGUGGUUUUGAAGCACUACAAGGCGUCAUUGAUUCGAUCUUGAAAAAAUCAUGCAUUGAGAUUCUUGCUGCAGAACCUUCCAGUAUCUGUGCUGGAGAGGCAUUUCAAGUUGUAGUAAGGGGGAAUGGAUUUCUUCAUGCCAGAAAUGUGGACAAGGUCCUUUGCAGCUUCAGAAUAAACGACACCCUCACCAGAAUGGUUAAGCCAUUGAUAGUGGAGGACACAUACCUGUUAUGUCCAGCUCCUGUUCUUGGGGAAGAGGGAACGGCAGCCUCCCUUUACGUUAGCAUGAAUGAAGGCCUGAGUUUUAUCUCCAGUUCUGUGACCAUCACUACUGUUAGCUGUUCUGAUGGUACGAUUUUGGCCAUAGCUCUUUUGAUUGUGUUGUUACUGCUGAUUCUGGCCCUUCUCUGGUGGUUUUGGCCUCUCUGCUGCACAGUGAUUAUCCAUGAACCUCCACCACCAGUUAUAGAAGACAGUACGGAUGACGAAGAGGAUGGAACUCCAAAGAAGAAGUGGCCCACAGUUGACGCCUCCUACUAUGGAGGAAGAGGAGUUGGGGGAAUUAAAAGAAUGGAGGUCCGCUGGGGUGAAAGGGGUUCGACCGAGGAGGGGGCUAAACUUGAAAAGGCGAAGAACGCAAGAGUUAAGAUGCCUGAACAAGAGUUCGACGUUCCUCCUUCUCGCAUCUUAAAUAACGGCAUGCGGAAACCCCCAGGUCCUCGUAAAUGGUACUCACCAAUUAAGGGUAAACUGGAUGCAUUAUGGGUACUGGUGAAGAAGGGCUAUGACAGAGUAUCAAUCAUGCGACCUCAACCAGGAGAUAAGGGUCGAUGUAUAAACUUCACUCGCAUCAGGUCCAGUUCUCCUCCUCAUUAUUCAAACUACAACCACCACUCUUCACCCGUCUACACUUCCCCAGAAAACUUCAACCCACCUCCUCCUCAGGGCCAGCUUCCCCCACCUCCUCGCAGUCCACCGGCCUCCCUCCCCUCCAGUUUUCCUCCCCUACCAUCCACCCCGCCUCCUCAUUCGAUUACUCCGUCCCCUCCCAUUACCCCGCCUCCGUCUUAUUCUCCACCCCCUGUUUGGUCUUCACCAUCCACUGCCUUUUUUUCUCCAUCCUCUCUUCCGCCAUCACCUACUUCCUCCCUGCCUCCACCUCCUCAGGCCCCACCCCCAUGCAGAGCUCCGCCUCCGGACCGCCCACCUCCGCGGCCUUCCGUGUAAUCUGCCAAAAGAGUGGACUACGGUGAAGGCUUGAAGUUGAGGUAAUCAGGAAAUAUAAAUAUACUUGGAAAUAUAUUUUCCACAACCUUAUCUUUGCUGAAACCUCAGCGUGGUUUCAAUCGAAUUUACAAAGACCCACCUGUGGCGUCAAGGGCAUCUGCCCAAUUACAUGAAACAGUAUACAAGUCACCAUGCAUUUGCUUGUUUGUGAACUAAAUUCACAAAGCAGACAUUUCAUUGAUGGAUCCACAGAUGUUUCAAAGUCAGGCACAUGGGACCGUUUCAUAAAGGAGAUAUAUAGAGGACAGCUGAAUGAACUUUCUCGCUCCGAAUGUGUGUUUGACGACAAUCAAAGAAAUGUGUGAACAGUUUUUGACUUUUUUCAAUUUGUUACCAUUUAUAACACCAUAAUGGCUUUCCGAAAAACCAAACAAUGUGUCGUAUUCAUUUUUGAUUGAUGUUUCUAAUGAAAGCCCCUUGUUUGCUUUCAACCACAUUUUUGGUGAAACCAUGUCUCUUGCCAUUGGACGGAAAAAGCUGUUGGUCGUUCAGGUAAUCUUUAUUUGUGCAAUAGUGAUUUUAGUGGCUUUGAUUUGUAGGGGCAUACGGUAUUUUUAUUAGAUAUUUUUCAUAAAAAUCGUGAGACCAGCCAAACUAGAAUAAGAACCGACUUGAAACAUCAGGAAUAAAUGUACCUGAAAUGUACCAAAGCAACAUCACCUUACUUUGCACAUCUCACAUUUGUAAUGGUGGAUAGUUGCAACACUAAAAUAUUUAGUAGGAACAAUCAUACUUUUACACAUGCUGUAAUGUAAAAAUCCAUGUAUCCUUUUGUAUAGUUUUCUUUUGAUAUACAUUUUUUUCUGUUCUGUUGUUGUUGUUGUUGUUGUGUUUUUAUAUUAUUAUGGCAUGAUUGAGUUUUUGAAUAAUGUAAAGGAAAGACAACAUGAGAGUUUCCCAGAAAUAGUUUUAUAGUCGUUUUCUCUUUGAAUAAUAUCCACAGCAGAUUAUAAAAUAGUUUUAUGUGUUUUGCAAAAAAACUAUUUACAACCAAAGUCUAAUCAAUUUGAUAUAUGUGUUUGUUUGUAUUCAUAAAUUACAUUUUGUAUGUAUUGUCAUAAUAUAGCACAGCUGCAUCAUCCACGAUCCUUGAGCUCUUGUCAUCUCUCGUUGUAUUCACUUUAAAUUAUUGCAGUCCCAUACUGAUGUCACUGCUGUGUUUAUAUGACUCUCAAGCCCUGAUUUU